AUGAGCUACAAUUAUAACUUUAUGAAAAUCGUGGAAAAGAAUAAUCAGAUUAUGAAGGUUUGUUUCACUUUUCCUUGAAAUUUGAAGUUUCAUCGAUGUUUUGAGAAAAAUUCCAAAUUUUCAGACAUCUGUCCAAUAUUUCAUUGUCACCGAACUGUUAUUGAAUGCAAAUGUCGCGUAUGCAACUUAUUCCGAAAUUUUGGAUUGGGAAGUGGGUUUUUCCCCUCAUUUUGAAAAAGUUUUGAAUUUUUUCAGGAAAGAACUGUUCGAAAUCUGAUGUACAUUUCGUCUUCAAUUGUUAUGCUCGUUUUGACACUUUGCCAAAUUUAUUUCAAAGGAAUUCGAAUUGUUGAAGGAAUGUUAGCUUUUAGAGUGAGUUCCGAGAGAAGUACACACAAAUAAAUUAUAUGUUCGAUAGAGCAAACUUGGCUGUUUUGCAGGCACUUCAAAUAUUUGCAAUAUUCUUCAUCACAGUUACACACGAGAUUCUUCUUUAUCCACCAACUACAAUCCUUUACUUUGCAAUUCAAUUCAUCUAUUUCUUCGUCUCACAUUUUUCGAAACGCAUGGAAUUCCCCGGAAAAAUUAUUCGAAAAGUCUUGAUGAAUUCGUCGAAAAAAGCCAACACGUCUCAUUUCACAUCGAUUGCGAAUGAAGUUAUUCGAAAAAGUUGCAAAGUAGAUGGGGAAGAAGAUGAUGAUAUAUUUGAAUAUAAAACCGCUUCGGAAGAUGAACUUUUCUCGGCCAGCAGCUCGUUUCAUCACUAA